UUUGGCGAGAAAGUGUGACUCCCUCCACCCUAAAGACAAACUACACAACUAGAGAGCAAGGUGCGCUGACGAAAGGAUACGGGCAAAAUGGCGAAGCCACGGGUUUCUAAUUACCAAACAGCCCUCACUCGUUUGAGGUAUCGUACCGUACUGUAUGCAAAUAAGCUCCGACCAUGCAUCUGAGCAGGAGCACAAGUAAGUAGAGUAGGUGUCCUUGACGUCCGGGGCACUCUAUCUCUAUUCGAAGGCUACUAGUAGCUAGUUGCUACCAGGUAGCUAGCUAGUAACCAAGAUGCAGAUCGAUGAGGUGGAGCUUGAUCGCUUGGUGGAGGACGAUGAGUCCAUGGCCAUGUUUACGAUUCGUAGCAGCGACGGCAAAAUAGCGCCUAAGAACGCCGUAGCCCAGGAGAAGAUGAACAAGCUGAACGAAUCAGAGUUGAUCUCGUUGAUCCGAGGUCUCUACCUGAAGCCUCCUCCAGACAACGAUAAUGACAUUGCGAGGGCCACGAGUUCCCCUCCGAAGGACCAACGCGACGCCGUGGAAGCAGAACGCAACAAGUCCGAAGAUCACGAACAAGAUCGCGGCAAGCCCGACCGACGUCGAAAGCAUUCUUCGAGUUCCAGCGUCGCUUCCGGUAUUGCAAGCGCUUAUUCAAGAGGAUUCUUUCGGCGUAAGAAGGAAAAGAAAAAGUCCAAACACACCGACAAGUACGACCCGACGCAACGGUCUGGCAGGAAGCGCAACGCAACGAAUAGCACUACAGAGACGACCACAGAAGAGUCUUUUGAGUUUCUGAACGACCGUCAUCCACCUCCUCGUACUAUUGAUGGCCCGCAGCAGCAGCAGCAGCAGCAGCAGCAGCAGCAGCAGAAUCCGCAACACCCGCCGCAUCCUCACUUUUACGGUCCGUUCAACAUGCCGCCACCACCCCCAAUGGGAAUGCCGCCUCAGGCUCUCAUGUAUCCGUAUGGGGCACCGAUUGCUUCGGAGCCCAAGGAAAAAGAAAUUACUACGGCAAAGCACGAGGAGACCACAGCCGAAGCUACUAAUGGCCCAGACAACAAAACGGCACCACCGGAUGCGUCCAACGUUGUCUCGCCAAGGUCAAGAAGCACGUUGACCUUGGAGCAACGUAAAGAUCGUUUGAGGCAAUUUCUGAGGUAUCAGCAUCUUGUGGCCGCAAAAGCGUUUGCAAAGCAAGGGGUCAUCGAAAUCGAUGGCAAAAAGUAUCAGGUAAGCUCGGCGUCAAAGGCGGGUAGCAAGAUGGCCGCGGGAAGCCGAAACUCCAAAGAUGAUAGCAAGGGUAGCAACACGAAGAAGUCUUCGAGCUGCUGCAGCGGUUGGUGCUGUGAAGGCUGUUGCACUGGUUCCGGGGUACUGUUCCCUGGUUUUUGCUGCAUCCCUAAAUGCAUCUUUAUGGAGUGGAAGUAUUGUGUUUGCAUGUACUAA